AUGCAGCACGUGUCACUGUCAACGUGCCAAGCUGCCAACAACCGACCAUACGAGAGGAACGACCUCACAACCUUUGUGCUUGAAGCGAGGUGAGCGAGGGGAUCAUCCGUGCCCAGCGAUGUCGGCCGGCGAGAUGCGGAAGACGGCGUGCGUCACCGGAGGGAGCGGCUACAUAGCUUCAGCGCUCGUCAAGACGCUGCUGGAGAAGGGGUACGCCGUCAAGACGACGGUCAGAGACCCCGAGGACACGGAGAAGAAUUCCCACCUCAAGGACUUGCAAGCACUUGGCCCCUUGGAGAUCAUCCGUGCCCGGCUGGAUGAAGAAGGCAGCUUCGACGACGCAGUUUCCGGCUGCGACUACGCCUUCCUAGUCGCUGCGCCCAUGGACUUCGGGUCAGCAGACCCUGAGAGGGAUAUGAUCGACGCAGCCGUGCAAGGAACACUCAACGUGAUGAGGUCGUGCGUGAGAGCCGGAACGGUGAAGCGGGUGAUCCUGACGUCGUCGGAUUCUGCGGUCUCCAUGAGGCCGCUGCCGGACGAUGUUCAUGUGCUCGACGAGGGCUCCUGGUCCGACGUCGAGUACCUCAGGGCCAACAAACCAGAAACAUGGGCGUACGCAGUGUCGAAGGUGCUUGCUGAGAAGGCGGCGACCAAAUUCGCGGAGGAGAACGGCAUCGGCCUUGUCACCAUGUUGCCGGUGUUCAUCUUGGGCGCGGCGCCGGUCUCCAAACCCACAUCAAGCGUCCCUGUCACCCUCUCCCUGUUGACCGGCGACGAGGCACAGAUGGAUAUCAUGAUAGGCAUGCAGUCGACCACGGACUGCGUGCCCAUAAGCCACAUCGACGACCUCUGUCAUGCCGAGGUGUUCAUCGCCGAGAAUGAGUCCUCCUCGGGAAGAUACCUGUGCUGCAGUCACAACACCACCGUGUUGCAACUCGCUCGUCUCAUGGCGGAGAAGUACCCACAAUACAAUAUGAAACCUGAACGGUAUGCUAAUCCUCUGGCUGAAGAACUACCCGAUAAGCGUGCAUGUUUUUUUUUGCUAGGUUUAACAACAUCCAGGUAUGCCUUUUGCAGAUUUGAUGGGUCCCCAGAGAAGCCGAGAGUGUGUGUGUCGUCUGAGAAGCUCAUCGGGGAAGGGUUUGUGUUCAAGUACGAUGAUCUAGGUGAGAUCCUUGAUGACCUUGUCGAGUACGGCAGAACCACCGGGAUUCUGCCCUAUUGAUAUGUGUGCCAGUAGUUCAUUGAUAUGUGAUCAGAGCAAAAUAAUGUCAUCUCAAAUAAGCAGAAACUCACACCAGGCUCAUUUAAUUAUCGAUCUUUCUCUUUC